AUGGCGCCGCAGAGGGCGACCCUGCUGUCCGGGGCGGCUGGCGCGGCUGCUGCGGCGGCGCUGGCGGCGCACAGGGGUCGCCCACGGGUGGUGCUGAUCGCCACGGGCAGCGUGGCAGGCGUCAAGGUGCCCGAGCUCGUAGCAGAGCUCUGCAGAUUCGCCGAGGUCGUCCUGGUCCUGACCGACGCUGGUACCACGAUGGCAGGCGCCGUGGCCGCGCGCUACGCACCAUCGCAUGCAGCGGAGCUCGCGCGGUUGCAGGCGGAGGGGUCCCUGCAUGUUCUACGUGACAGCGACGAGUGGGAGGGUUACCAGGACCUGUCCGAGGACGCCGUGGUGCACGUAGAGCUCAGGAAAUGGGCGGACCUUGCUGUCGUGGCGCCCUGCUCAGCCAACACGCUGGCCAAGCUGGCGUGCGGUCUGUGUGACAACCUGGCGACGUGUCUGAUGCGUGCCUGGGACCCUGUGAAGCCGGUGGUCGUGGCGCCCGCCAUGAACACGCUCAUGUGGGAGCACCCGUGCUGUGCGCAGCACCUGGGCAUCCUGGAGUCCUGGGGCUACCGCCUCGUGCCCCCCGCGAGCAAGAGGCUCGCCUGCGGCGACGUCGGCCGCGGCGCGCUGGCGCCCGUGGCGGAGGUGGUCGAGGCGGCGCGGCGUGCGGCCGAGGGCCUCGCAGAGCGCCGAGGGCGCGACGGUGCGGGAGCCUGGCGGGCGCGCGGCUUCCCAGAGUGGGCCCCGGCCAGGGAGCUCCAGACCUUCGCUAACGACAUGCUCACCAUGCAGAAGCGCGUGCUGAACGAGGGCCUCCAGAAGACCAUCGCCUCCGUCACUGCGAACUCCGAUGACGUGUACUCCGACUCCAUCAUGAGGUCGUUGCGGGUGCUCGCCUGCGUCGACGAGCUCGCGCGGCGGCUGGAUGCGACGCCAGUGGACUCGAUACCUGAUGCUCAGUGGAAUCUCGUGUUGGCCCCCCAACAAACACCCUGUGAGCGGACUGACCGUAUGGCAAGUCUCGAGGGCAUGGGCGUCACCAGCUUCUCCGAUGACCUGUGCUGCACCAGCGAGUCUGCUUGCACCAACGAGUUCGCGGGGCUGCUGGAAGAGAUAGCGGUGGACACGCUUCCUGGAUGCCCAUAUCGAACACUGCGCUGGCCCUCCAUGUGCGACCUCACGCUGCCCGAGAUGUUGUUCGGAAGUGGCAUUGCCCCGGAGGACACGGGCCGUCUUGCCAGCGGCACGCUAAUCUGUGUCUACGGCGUCACCGUGGUCGGCGGCGCCGUCAGAAAUACAAGCAACAUGUCUGACACGCCGAAGAUGCCUGCUGUGACCCUUUGCCCAGAGCCUGACCCCGAGGCCCUGAAACGCUUCGACCAGAAGCUUAAGGUGGCCAGAGGGCCUGCGGAGUCGAUGGCGGCGCUCGCCUUCUCCAGCGCCGGCCCGUCGCCGGCACGAGCCGCCGUCGGGGCUCAGGCUGGGCCAGCCGCCGCUGGCCCAGCGCCGCGGGCGGCCGCGCCCAAGGAGGGCCCCUGGGGCGCCGCGGUCGGCGCUGCCGGCGCGGCGGCCGCCUCGCUCGCACUGGCGCGGAGCGGCUUUGGAUCCCAGCGCCCGCGCGGCUGCCUCCAGGCGGGGUCGGCCCGGCUGCCCGCUCGCCGCGGAGCCGCGGGGCUGAAGGCGCAGCUGAUCGCGCGGCUGCGCGAGGCGGCCGCGCCCCAGAGUGUGCUGCUGCGCCCGGGCGGCGCGUGCGGCGCAGGCGGAUUCGGAAGGGGCUGCAGGAGGACGCCGAACAGGAGGGCUGCAGGAUGA